ACCACCUCUCAUCAAUUCUCGUCGAUCCUUACAUUCCUCUCGUAUUUAUUCACUCUGCUCCAUCGUCAUCACAAUUUCAAUCGACUAAAUCACCAUUAAUCACAAAGAAGGACAACAAUGAAGCCAACUACAUCAUUCUUCUUCCUCUCAACCCUGUGCGUGCUCCAACAAGUUGCCCUCGUCGCAAAUAGUCAACCCGGCAAACCCGUCGGAGGCCAACCUGGCAAACCCGUCGGAGGCCAACCGGGAGGAACCUCCGGGCCUGUCAGUGGUAAUCAAAUAGAAGAAGCAUGCAAAUACGCGACUAACAAGGAUCUGUGCAUCACCAACCUCAAGAAAGACCCAAACAGCCAAGGAGCGGACCUCGUCGGCCUGGCCUUGAUUGCGAUCAGGCUGGCCGCCGCGAAUGCCGCUGACGUGGAAUCCCACCUGAGAACGUUGAUGAUCAACAAUGCCACCUCUCUAUCCCCGGAGGUUCAGCAGGGGGUUUCGGACUGUAUAGAACAUUACACCGACGCCAACGAGCAGCUUGACGACUCGGUGGCCGCGGUGUCGGCCAAGGAAUUCAAUGACGUCGAGAUGUGGGUGAAGGUUGCCAUUGGCGAUGCGGCUUAUUGUCAAAACGCCAUGAAGGGUCAGCACACUGUGGUUGAACAGAAGAACAAAUUGUUUAUGCAGAUGUGCGAAAAUGUCUUGGCCAUGAUCAAGGCCGUGACUCAAAAGGGUUGAUGAGAUCCUUAAUCAUUAUCAAUCAAUGUUAUGAAGUAUUCAUAAAUUCGUGUACUCAUUGCAUAUAGCUUUAGUACUUAGCUGUAAUAUCAAUUUAUAUAUACGUACACAUGAUGUUCAGAGUUCAAAUGACAAAUUAGCAAUUUUCAACGAGAA